AUCUCUUAUAUAUAAGCGCCAUGCUUCAUUGACAUUGCCACCACACAAACACACAACUCGCAAUCACUCCGCAUAAGAAAGGGAAGAAGCGCGUCAACUGAGAAGCUAAGCACAUCCAUUGUUAUAUCUCCACCAUGGCAAAGCUCACCGUUCUUCUCCUGGUGGCACUCGCCGCCGUAACUAUUUCCAUGGCCUCUGCAGCUGUCAGCCCCACCAUCCAAGCCAGGAGGAGCCGUUUUCUGCUCGCUAACAACGCUGUCCACAAUCCACCUCUGCCGUCGUACGACUGCUCCAAGAAGUCAGCCGCCGUCUGCCUCGCUCCAGGGAGUCCCGGGCCAACUUGCUGCGGCGGCCAGUGCGUGGACACCCUAGCAAGCGCCGACCACUGCGGCGGCUGCAACAAGACGUGCAAGCACGGCCGGACUUGCUGCGGCGGGCGCUGCGUCGAUCUGCUCUCCGACAAGGACAACUGCGGCAAGUGCUACAACCAGUGCGAUAAGAAGUGCAACUACGGCUUCUGCGACUACGCCCUGUAAUAAUUGAGAUAUACGCAUCGUAUAACAUAAUCAACUGGAUGUGGGAACUGAGAAACUGUCUGAAGAUUUGAACUUCACACUUACACACGUGUAAGCCAGUGGGAGCUGCUACAAGCCUACAACCUACAAUACAAAAUCAGUCAGACGACCG